AUGACUGGCUCGGCUCUAUCGUACGACCAUGCUAGUCAUGAAGUAGCAACCGAAUUGGAUCGCGCCUUUCUCGUCAACAAACGGCCCGAGUCAAUCCUUUUCCCUGCCGCUGGGGAGCUGCAGCCGCUGGUCUGUCGGACUGACGUCUUUGUCGAUCAUUCGCGCCCAGACGAGAUCGUCUCGACUAUCGCGCCCUAA